AUGCGUCUUCUCAGCCUAUCCACCUGGCUAUACAUCGCCACGACCUUGGCCGAAACAGCCCUGUCAUUAAAAAAUGAGGAGUGGAUCGUGGGCCAGGAGGUCAAGACGACAUCCGGGGCCAUAGUCGGCCACGGAUCCGGCUGGAAGCCUCUGGUAAGCGAGUAUCUAGGUGUCCGCUACGCCGAGCCCCCGGUCGGCGAUUUGCGGUUUGCGGCUCCACAGCCAUACCGCUCCAACGACACUCACAAGGCCGCCACGGUGACGGACAGCUGCCCUUCGACCUCCUGGACCAGCGCCAACGCGACAGUCAACUACGAGAGCGUGCUCGGCGCUGUAGCCACCCAGCUGGUCGGGGCGGGCGAGACCUUCUCGGAGGACUGCCUCGGCCUGAGCAUCUGGACAAUGCCGCAGUUCGGAGACAGGUCGAAGGCGGUGCUCAUCUGGGUCCCCGGCGGGAGCUUCAACAGCGGCAGCCAGGCACUAUCCGCGUACAACGGCGCCGGUCUGGCCAAUGACCACGAUGUCGUCGUCGUCACCAUCAACUACCGUCUCUCCAUCUUCGGAUUCCCGGGUUCGGAUGACCUCGAUUCCAACCUGGCUCUGCGUGAUCUGCGCCUCUCCAUUGAAUGGGUCCGUGAUAACAUCGAACAGUUUGGCGGGGACCCAUCGCGCAUCACCCUCGUCGGCCAGUCGGCGGGUGGGCAGCUCGUCGAUACCUACUCAUACGGGUGGCGUCGUGACCCCAUCAUCAACGGCCUCAUCAUGAUGUCCGGCUACGUCUUACCGUGGAAGGCGAAGGUUACCCAGCAAGAUGCCGCAGCUCAGUGGAGAAGAGCCGUCAGAGCUCUAGACUGCGAAGAAGGCAACGGGGGCAGCGACAAUGCAACAGAGUGCAUGCGACGCAAGCCGUGGCAGGAGCUGGCCGUGCUAGAUGACCGGAAUGGCUUCAUAUUCGGACCCACCCCGGACGAAGAGCUUGUAUUCAGCUACCCGCUGCCGCUUCUCGAGGACGGCAAAUUCGUACCGGUGCCUAUCCUUCUCGGGCAGACAGAUGACGAGGCCACCCUGUUUGACUCUCUCGGAAAGAGACAGUCGUUCACGGCGGACAUUCCAUGUGCGGCACGCAUCAUCGCAGCUGCGCGUGCGAGGCACGACAUCCCGGCUUGGCACUACAUCUACGCCGGAAACUGGCCCAACAUGGACAUCGGUAUCGGCAACGCCUGGCAUGCAAGCGAUGUCCCCAUGCUCUUCGGGACCGGGGAAUUCCUCACCCGCAGGGCUAGCACGGCCGAUGAGCGACGGCUGUCCUCGUAUAUCGGAAAUGCAUGGACGUCCUUCUCCAAGGACCCUCAUGGCGGGCUGGAUAGAAUUUCCUGGCCGGUAUUUGACGUCUCAGACAAAGGUGAGUGCCAUCUGCGCAGGAUUCGGCCGACAGUCUUCGAUAUGGGCCGGGAGAUAACGAGGAAGAUUUGCGUCUCAGAACCGACAAACAUCGUCCUUGGAGGAAACCGAUCUGCCAACAUCACCUUGGAACGCAACGACCAUUGGGUUGUGAACUGCACUGGUGAACGGGGGACUCUUUAG